GAUAACUGUUAAGGGUUCUCUGAGAUCCUCGUUACGAAUGUCUACAAGAAUUCAAAUCGGAUGGCUAUUCGUGUAAAAAUAGAGCGCAAGGGCGCAGCAAAGAAUAUAGAGUACAGCAAUGACGCUUCCGGUAUCGAAUUAUCAGGAACUGCUCAUUCAAGUUCGAGAGCUGACGCAUGAAACGAUUCGCUUGCAAAGACAGUUGUCCUCAGACUUAUUCGACAAUGCUGAUCCUCCAGACGUGAAUCACAAUUUCUCCCUCGGUCAGAAGUACUAUGAAAACGGAAAACACCUAGCAGACAACGUGAUACAACAGUGCGAGAAAAGUCGAAAAACAGAGGCGGGACAGAAUCCCUUGGCUGAAUACAACAAUUUCCGAUUUCGACAGAGAUUCUGCCAGAACUUGGACUCUACAGAAGGCAUACGAGCGGGUGAAUUGACCAGUCGCCUCUUGACUUGGAGAAAUCGAAGCCAUCGUCCAAUAGCCCUACAGGAGGACGCCGAGGGUUGCCAGAAGAGAGCUGAAAGAUUGCUGUCGGAGGAGUGUCGCGUGUCCCACGGGUCUGUAGGCGUCGGCGUGGAAGGUGUCGGCGGGUGGAGGGCCCAACGGCGCCCCCACGAGAUCGAGGUAUCUACGCCCCUGACUUGCGUCGCGGCGCACGAGCUGGAGUCGUCCGUGGACGGCGCAGCGUUCAACCCCGUCGUCGCAGCGGCGACGACAUCCUCGAGAUGCUCGCUGGUGAAAAACGAUCUGAAAACACCUUCAUCCUCCUCCACUUCUCUCACCGUCAAUGCUCACGUCAGGCCAAGGUUGUACCUGGGCUCUGUGAUCGCUGAGACCAGCAAGGAGGAUGCUAUGGAGCCGGAAGUAAAGGAGGAGGACGAACGAAGGUCGUCCACGCCGAGCCCCGAGAUCUAUACACGAAGAAAUAAACGCUAUAAUGAGGGUGGAAGUAGCGAGGAGGAUAACAGACCAGACACAUCCCUGCAGGGUCACAGAUUACCGUCUUGUUAUCGAGGAACCUGGCCUAUCAGAAGAGACGUAUGGGCCAAUCAACAAAUGGGCUUUUCCGCUCAACAAAGCACAUCAACCACUGUACAUAACGACGUAUCCAGCGUGAUGAGCUUUUCCUCGAAUUCGGGCGCGGCCCUCAGUUGUUCCUCGGAAAUGCAAGGCGAUCGAAGACUGGGAGCGAAAGUGGACGUUGUGUACAACCUAUUGGGAAUGCUGGGAAGGACAGAGGGUCGUGAGGACAUGAGCGCAACCCUGCUCUCCAUGAGCAAUUCGAUAGACAAUUGCCUCAUAAUGAGGCAAUCAGGAUGUCUGCCGCUGCUGGUGCAGUUAAUUCAUGCCCCGGGACAGGAUCCAGAAACCAGAGAAAGGGCGUCGCAGGCUCUGCACAAUAUCGUGUACGCGAAGAGCGACGAAAGGGCUGGACGUCGUGAAGCGAGGGUUCUCCGGUUCCUGGAACAGUUACGGGACUAUUGUCAGGCAUUGAGGACGUCGUUGGAAACGGGACAGGUUCCUGACGACCUGGAGAGGCAUCCUGGACCGACCAUAGCAGCACUGAUGAAGCUCUCCUUCGACGAGGCUCAUCGUCACGCCAUGUGCCAGCUCGGUGGACUCCACGCAGUGGCAGAGCUGAUCGAGAUGGACCAUAUGGCUCAUGGUAGCGAAUGCGACGACCAGAAUUGCAUUACCUUACGAAGAUACGCCGGAAUGGCACUGACGAAUCUCACGUUUGGGGAUGGGAACAACAAAGCGUUGCUGUGCUCCUUCCGGGAAUUCAUGAAGGCCCUGGUCUCUCAGCUGAGGAGUCCAAGCGACGAUCUCAGACAGGUCACAGCGUCCGUUCUGAGGAACUUGUCAUGGAGAGCCGACACCAGUAGUAAACAGACGUUGAGGGAGGUCGGAGCGGUGACUGGUUUGAUGAAGGCUGCGAUGGAAGGCAGAAAAGAAUCUACGCUCAAAUCAAUACUCUCCGCGCUUUGGAAUCUGUCAGCACACUGUAGUACGAAUAAAGUAGAUAUUUGCGCCGUGGACGGUGCGCUAGCGUUCCUCGUGGACAUGCUGAGCUACAAAGCACCCUCCAAGACCUUAGCCAUAGUCGAGAAUGCUGGUGGUAUUUUGAGAAAUGUAUCUAGCCACAUCGCUGUUAGGGAAGACUACCGAGCUAUUGUAAGAGAGAGAGGAUGUUUGCAAGUGUUGUUGCAACAGCUGCGAUCACCUAGCUUAACCGUUGUCAGCAACGCCUGUGGUGCACUGUGGAACCUCUCUGCCCGGUGUCCACAGGAUCAGCGUUUGUUGUGGGACUUGGGAGCUGUUCCAAUGCUCCGCAGUUUAAUACACUCCAAGCACAAAAUGAUUUCGAUGGGCUCGAGCGCUGCUUUGAAGAAUCUGCUAAGCGCCAGGCCGGGCUGUAACAAUCUGGUCCAUUUAGACUCAACGGCGCGCGGAUUAGGUUUGCCGACGCUACCAACUCUGGUCGCCCGUAGACAAAGAGCUCUGGAGCAAGAAAUCGAUCAAAACUUAUCCGAGACAUGUGAUAACAUCGAACCCAGUACAUCUCCGACGAACAAAGACGACAAGUUCUCGUUCAAGGUAGACCACAGCUUCUUAGGGAUGAACGCGCGCACUCUACGCUCCUAUCAGCUGCACAAUCAACCAAGCACGUCCAGCAUGAAGUGCAACGGAGUUUCCAGAAGCGAGAGCAGAGACUCCAUGCGCUCCAUAACCAGCACACACUCGGACACAAUGUUCGAACGGGUGAACCGUCACGUGUUGAACGGAUUAUCCCCAACUGAGAUUCAGAUGAAACAGCAAUCCUCGUCGUUGCAUUCUACGGUCGGUUUCGACAGUGGAAUGUCCAGUGACAGUCACUCGAAGAUCUCCUCGGAAAAGAAGUAUACUUUGCGUUACAAAAACGCUAUCCCGGAUCGUUUGAAGUCGUCCGACACUUUUAACGGUUUGAGCAAUCUCAGGUGCACUAAUUCUACCAUUUCGUGGUCCUCGGCUCCAGAUCAAGAAUCCGCCUGUUCACAGAACUUGCUGCAUUCUUCCGUGGAGGAUAACUUGCCGCAGGGCAUCUCGUCUACGCUGAAGAGUGGCAGCCAGUCCAGCAUCUCCGAGGAAACGGAACUGAAUUUGUGCACGAAGACGGAAUAUUUGACCGUGAAAUCUGCCAUGGACGCAUCGUCAUCGUUGUCGUUCUUCAACAGCAGCUCUCCUGUGAAAGACAGCUAUGGACACGUCUACGACAAGACUAUACUGCACCAGCAUAACUCGUUGAAUACUAUGCAAAAGACUAUAUCACCGAUUGUCAGUCAUCGGACAGAGGGGAAUUUGUUCAGUGAUUACGCUGAAACGGAUCUGGAUCAAUUAACUGAUUACAGUUUGCGUUACGGGGAACGAAAUUUGGAGGACGAGGAGAAACAGCAUUCUCAUUAUUACACGAACAACGAUCAGGAGCUUAUACACGAAGACACGGUGAAGACUUAUUGUACAGAAGGAACACCGCAUGGAACGUCUUUGAAUUCUUCUAGAGCGGCGUCCGCUUCCGACUUGCAAGAGGACAGUCGACAGAGAAGCUUGUCGAAGAAGAUUCAGGAGCAGGGCAAACUACAGGAUACGGAGGAAUUGAAUUUAGAGUGUACGAUAGACAUUUCGGAGGAGAAGAGGAGAAGUCAGGCAUUGCAUUACUUUGAAGCUAAUAUCAAGGAUGGGAAUGUCGAGGAGAAUGCUCACGCUUCUGUGAAAAAUUCAUUAAGUUUGAGAACUGCUCUUACACAAGUAUCUUCAAGCAACUUGCAGUACGAUGAGAGUAAUAAUAUAGCGUCCAAUUCUUCAAAAAAUAUGGAAAAGAAAUAUGACUCUCAGAAUGUCAUGUUCGAAAAAAACGAUAAAUUUGAUAAAAAUUUCUCCACUAAUGGUGUUAAUUCGUACGUGACCAGUGCAUUGAAGUCUUCUAACGAUUCAGGAUGUAAGGAAAUUGAACUAAAAGGAGAUACCCGUAACAUGCCUUAUACAUUAAAUAUAAACACCUCUUCCGAAUGUUUAGAUCAAGUCAGUGAUGGUGAUGAGGACGAUGAAGAUCUGCUUACAGCUUGCAUUAACAUUGGAAUGCAAAAUAAUAGGCACAGGCAUUCGUUUAUAGGAAACAAUUUCGAUAAACUUCCACGAAAUGAAAGCAAUCUAGCCAGAUAUCAAACCAGCGUUGCACUAGAUCAAAUGGAGUGCAAUUCAUCGGUUGAUUCUACCAUGAACAGUCUUGAUUCAAAACAAUUAGGAUCUGAAGAAAUGAUAGAUCCUGAUAUGUGUAAAAAUAAAAUCAAUGAUUUACCAAACAUGAAUAUUGCGUUAGAUUAUAGUCAGAAUGCGGCCAAAUUUAUGCAAAAGGUUGUAGAAACUAAAAUCCCAGUAGAGCAAUCGAAUCAAAUUCUGCGGAACGAACUGGAUAAAAUAAGAAACACGGAGCACAAUUUAAUAUUAGGCGAUGAUCAUUUGUGUAAUUUUUCUUUGCCUUCGAACUUAAGGAAUAGCCCAAUAUUGCAAGAAACAGUAGUGUUCAAUUCAGAACCCAAUCAGCAGCAAUACUUAUCUAGUAUCGAUACCCAGUCGAACGAAGACAUGUCGUCUUUGAUCCAUAACGACCUCAUUGAAAAUGAUCAAAAUAUAGAUGAUGAUUCCGCUAAGUGGGAAAAUGAUAAAUUGCCCGAAACAUUAAACGACAAAGUUACCGAAAAUUCGUCCAUGCAACAAUCUUACACAAAAGAUUCAGAGAGCAGUGAAUCGAUAGAUUCCGUGGAGCAAUCCGAACACGCGCUUUUAGAACUGUGCCUACAACCUGGAUUAACAAAAACUAUGGACAACAUUCAGUUAAAGAAAACCACAGUGAAAUCUAAUAUAACAACCGAAGAGUUUGGAGAAAAACAAAUUAGUACAUCAGAUGAAAGCAGUAAAAUGUACGACACGUGUGAAGUAGAUGGUAUUGUGAAAGAAGAAGCUGACUCGAAGUACCAAACAAAACACGUGGGGACAGAAGAGGUAUAUCGGCGUCAAAGAGAUCCGGACGCCAUGAUUGCCUCCUUGGAUCGUUUGACUGCGACUUUGGUGCAACAAACGGAAGCAAUUCGAGAACGAGACUCCAGCACGAUGAAACAAAGUAUACUGAGUGACACAUGGAUUAGCAUCAGUGCUCCCAUAAUCGCUUCGUUUAAGAGUGACGUGCCGGAGGAACAGGUUACAGCUACUUCAGAAUGUUACGAAACAGCCAGCAUGGAUAGUGGACACAUGACGAACUCCAAAAUCAUUCAAAGAGAAGCCAUCAAACUGGCCGAAGCGGUCGAUGCGGAAAUGAAUAGGCAGAAUGAAUUAGACACGACUAGUAUUACGUCUAUGGACUUAGAAGCGAUCAAACCUCCUUCCUCGAUGGGAAGCUUAUUGUCACUGACAGCUAGUUACGCGGGCUCCGGCGACUGCAGCGAGUCGUUCGUUAAUCGAGACAGAUGUAAUUCCGCGUCUCUACCCCCGCUUCAGGUGAAGAACGUAUCUUCGACAGAUUCCAAAAGCUGUCGCAAGAAAUCUCUUCCCCUAGGCGUUGUUGCCAAAAGAGCUCUAAGUCAAGCACAGAGUCACACUGGUAGUUUGGAAAAUUUAUUGAACGAGUGUACUGGUUCACAUUUGGAAAGCGUGAAACCACCUUCGAUGAUGGACGAAUUACCUGACGUUGGUGACAUGGAAAACAGCAUGUUGAGCGUGGCAAGCAUCAUGUCAGAAGUGGCAGAUUCUAAAGAUCACGAUUCACAUCAUCUAAGCGGAAGCGAUGCUGUGUUUGAUUUAUUAAAACCUGUCGCAAAUGUGCUCUCAAUAACCUGCAUGCGUUACGCUGAAGCAAUGCAGAAUAGUGCAAACAACAGCUUGAGUGAAUGCUUGGAGAAUAUUAAUCCACCUUCGUUGUUCAACGAGGUUUGCGAAAUGGACGAGUCAACGAUGGAACAAGCCACAGAGACUAUAUGCAGUGACACGUUAUGCAUCGAUGUAGACUUACACACCGAAGAAGCGCCACAUCCAGUUUUAGUGGAGAAAAUCGACGAGACAGGCAAUGACACCGACGAGGCGGUUACGCCAAUUUCAUCGGAGUACUGUGUCAGUAGUUCAGCCGAGUCCACGCCAAGAAAACGAUUGCACAGAAAUCUAACGCCGAAACAGAAACGGACUUUGGCUAAGGAAAGGUAUAAGACGUAUACUAUAGCUGCAGAAAUGGACAAGAAGGAAGAAGGAGAGCAGCACGAAAAUGGAAACAUAGAAGAAGGUAAGAUUCCACGCGGAAAGUGCUCGCCUUUUUCCAAACUGACACCUAAACAGCGUAGGCAGGAAGACAGAGCCAGGUUUCAGACGCAAGUGUUGGAAAAUCCUUUCCCUGACCUGAACCAAGAUCAGAGUGCCCAACAAGAUGUCAUCUGUGAACAGGAUCAGUCUGAAAAACCAACGGGAUCAGUGUCGCCAGUAAAAUCUGCAAUUCCUACAUUGUCAAAACUGUCUGCCUGUAAAACAUUAAUUAAGAAGCGUGCAGAGCAGAAGAAGAACAGGGAAAGGUAUCGUACGAGAACUUUGAACGAUACUGAGAGUAUACUUAAAGAUACAGAAGGCAAUGCUACUGCGAAUAUGGCGGAGGAAAGGAUAUCAGACACAACGCACAACAUUCAGUCGGACGAAAUUCAAACUAUGUUAGAACAAAAUGCAACGAUCGUGUUGAAUACGUUGAACGAAUCAAACAAGGUAAAUGAAAAUGGAGAGGAAGGGUUGCUUGAUUGUGAGACAAUUAGUUUAGUAUCUAACGAGUCAGAAUCCGAAAGAAACCUUCGAAUGCGAUUUGUCAAUGGUGUUUCCAAAAAAUUAAUAGGCGCCUGUGCUCAACAAAUGGACAACGUACAAGAACCAGAGGAUAUUCAUAAGGAGAUAACCGAGAUUGAAACACCUAGAUCGCAAGAAGAUAUCAGGUAUACCGACAACGUGGACACUGAUAGUGAAGACGAAUCAAAUAACAACGAGGAGCCGCCCAGAGAGACAAAAAGGCCAAGAAUAAUUAAACCCGGUAUGGUGAGGGAUCUCAGCAAUGAUUCAAACGCUACAGACAGGUCUGAUCCAGAAAGUCCAAAGGCUAUUCGAGGCAGAAGAAAAGCUCUCUACUCGAAUCCAAUCACGCGCAAACCAACGCCUCAGUCGUCUCCAUUGAAGCAAGUCAAUCCUGUCAGCGGAAUACCAAUAGGUCGUAGCAAUACUUCUCCUAUUGUACGAGCUACCAGAGCCACUACGCUCAGACAGAAUAAUAAUAGUCCAAGUGUAGCGACGAAAGAGUCUGCAAAAUCGAAUGCAAGCCCAAAAACAACUCCCGGCUCGUCGGAUCAAAAACGAACAAGAACUCUAUCGGUGGCCGCAAAAAGAGCAUCGGUUCCUCAGAAAGGAUCAACGUUAACAUUCACAAAAUCCGUGAAAAGACAUAGCACACCUCCAACAUGUUCUUCCUCAAACUACCAACAAGAGUCUAAAUCAAAUAUGACGAUGAAACCUCUGGAACGACAGGGUACGUUUACCAAAGACGAGCCGGAAGUGGAAAAUGCACCCACUGUAGUCUCUACGUCUUCUUCACCGAUAAAAACGAAGAUCGCGAAACCCAUUAAAGGUGCAACAUCCAAGGUACAUCCAACGACAGGGAAGCCAAAAAUUUCACCAAAGACCUAUCAAACGCAUCAGUCGAAAUCAACAAAAGGAAAUUCUUCGGAGAAGAUUCAAACUCCGAAAGCGUUGCCUUUAUUGGUUGCCCCGAAACGAUUACCAACAGGAAAAGCGAAUGCAACGCCAAAAAUAUCAGCUAUUAAUCAAAACGCUGGACAAGCAGAAAACGGUAAAACCUUUCGAAAGGUAGGUCCUCUUGGACAAAGGUCCAACAGUAAUUCCAGUAUCGUGUCCAAUUCGUCAACUGGAAUGCAAACGAGAAAGUUGGCUAAAGAGGCUACUAGUAAAAUCGCAAGCCUCUGGAAAAAGGUAGAAGAGAGUAAAAAUAAGCAACGGUUCGAAAAACCAGAUACUAGGCAAUGGGUACAGCCUGGCAAUUGUGCCAAUGACGACGUGGAUGCACCAUCUUCAGUGAGUAAUCCACCAGCUUUUAGACUGUUUCGUAGCUCGACGUUCGAAGGAGUGCCACAGGAAAAUGAUCAUCCCGAAUCAGCUUUGUAUAAAUCUAAAUUGAAAAGGCCACUGGUGGUGGGUGUGCAACCUAGUAAAAUGAAGUACAGAAACUCUUGUGACUUGAGCGGUAUGAGCGCAAACGACGCCCCCUGCAAGAUUCCCGUGAAAUCUAGUGAUGCUUCUGCAUAUAAGAGAGACACAGUAGAUGUAGGAGGAGACACUUCGGUUAUUCUACGGAAGCCACAGCACCCUGAGUCUUCCACAACAGAGGUGGAUCCUACCAAACGAAUAUCACGCCUUGGUUCCUUCAUAAGAGUAGACUCUGCAAAUGCAGAAGGUUCUGCACAAACGCAUGUCAAUGGAGCUGGUGUACGUACACCCGCGUCUGCAAUUGUACCGCCUUUUAAUUACAACCCAAAACAAGAGACCCCUUUGCAGACAACCAAAGUAACGCCGGAUGAAAGCGAAAGCAAAUUCAGAGUGACAGAUUGUCAUAGUGACAUAGUCACAGCUUCUACGAGAGUAACAACAGUAUAGGGAGAGCCUGUUAUAAAGUAAACAAAACUUUUUCGUAGUAUGGCUUUUUUGUUUCAGGCUAGUCAUUGUACAUUUGCUUGACUGCGCUGUAUUGAUCGUAAAUCAACACGCAGUAUAUACAUUACGAGUACUCGAUAAGUAAGUUAAAGGUUUUGUUUUUUUACCUCAUCGUUUAAA